AUGAGCAAUAUUAUUGUCCCUCUACCAGCCAACGUUGUCCCAGACAUAGGUGAUCCAGGAUGGAUGAGCAAAGGCGACAACGCAUGGCAAAUGACGGCGGCGACGUUAGUCGGACUACAAAGCGUACCGGGACUAAUAAUUCUAUAUGGGGGAGCGGUUAAGAAGAAAUGGGCGAUAAACUCAGCGUUUAUGGCUCUAUAUGCGUUUGCGUGUGUGUUGGUGUGUUGGGUUGGGUGGGGUUAUCGGUUGUCGUUUGGGGAAAAAUUGGUGCCGUUCUGGGGGAAGCUGAAUGUGGCAUUGGAUCAAGAGUAUCUGUUGCAACAAGGUUUUGCUGGGAAGUUUCCAGCGGCAACAAUGGUGUUUUUUCAAUUUGUGUUUGCGGCAAUUACAUUGGUUCUGAUUGCUGGGGCUUUGCUGGGGCGUAUGAAUUUUUAUGCUUGGAUGUUGUUUGUGCCACUUUGGCUUACGUUUUCUUAUACGUUUGUGGCGUUUAGUAUUUGGAGUCCUGAGGGGUUUUUUGCUAAAAUGGGACUCAUUGAUUACUCUGGUGGUUAUGUUAUUCAUUUGUCCUCUGGUGUUGCUGGCUUCACUGCUGCUUAUUGGGUUGGGCCACGGUUGUCGAAGGACAGAGAAAGCUUCCCUCCGAACAACAUUCUUCUCAUGCUAGCGGGAGCAGGGCUGUUGUGGAUGGGUUGGACUGGUUUUAACGGGGGCGACCCCUACGCCGCCAACAUCGACGCCUCACUGGCUGUUCUUAACACCCACGUUUGCACCGCCACCAGCCUCCUCACUUGGCUCAUCUUCGACAUCAUCUUCUUCAGAAAGCCCUCUGUCAUCGGCGCCGUCCAGGGCAUGAUCACCGGCCUCGUUUGCAUCACCCCCGCCGCAGGAGUUGUUCAAGGAUGGGCAGCAAUUAUAAUGGGAGUGCUAUCAGGUUCAAUCCCAUGGUUCACAAUGAUGGUUGUUCACAAGAAAUCCGCCAUUCUUCAAAAGGUAGACGACACAAUGGCCGUCCUCCACACCCACGCCAUCGCCGGCAGCCUCGGUGGCAUUUUAAGCGGCAUCUUCGCCGAGCCACACCUCAACAAUAUCUUCUACGGCAACUACAACCAAUACAUCGGCCUUUUCUACGGCUUCAAUACAAAACAAGUCAGACUCGGCUUCCGCCAACUCGGCGUCCAACUCCUCGGAAUCAUCUUCGUCACCCUCCUCAACGUCAUCGUUACUAGCCUUAUCUGCGUCCUCCUCCAAUACAUUGUCCCGCUCCGGAUGUCGGAGGAGGACAUGGCUAUCGGAGACGAAGCCGCCCACGGUGAAGAGGCCUACGCCAUUUGGGGCCAAGGUGAGAAGAUGGAUUCUUCUAAGUAUGAUGUAGAGGCCCCAAUUGCGGCCGCUAAACAUAGGCAUGCAGCUGGUCAGGUUGAAAUGACUUGAGGCUUUUGUUUUUCGUACUUCUUUUUGUUUAGUUUACAGGCAUGAGAGAUUGAAUGAUCUAUGUCGUGAUUGAUUAGUUGACUCGAAUUUGGGUUUGCAUGCUACUUUAA